UUUGCUUGAAUCAAUGAAAAAUGUAACGUUGAAAGAUGCUGUUACCCUUUCAGCACAGAAACUCUUGCCAAUUGUUGGAAAACUAUUUUAAGUUUAAUGGGAAACGAGGAGGACCCUGAAUAUAACAUUCCAUUAAGUAUCCUGAAAGACAAAUGGAGUGCAGAAAUAAACUCUUUAAUGCGAAUGUCAGUUGAUCUCCUUCAGGACUUGAGUCCUCAGGUUGAGUUUACACUGCCAAUGGUUCGAGAGUGGAACGAUGACCCUUGUGUUGAUGAUACCACCGAAAUCCAUGAAAUUGAAGAAAGUGACGAUGAUGAUUGUAUUGCCGAAGACCCCAUAAAGAAAAUUGCCGCAAGUGAGGCAGUUGAAAUCUUUAACAAGGCAUUGCAAUGGGCUGGAGAUGCAAUGGUUGAUCAAAGCGACAUGAGUGUACUUAGACGCUUAAGGGAGUAAGCUGUAUUUCAGCUUUCGACAAUCGCUAACGUGAACAUUUUCACUAACGUGAACUCCCUUGGUUUUAAUUAGUUCACGUUACCGCGAGUGCACUGUAAUUAACUCCCUAAGUCCCCAUACACUUAAGAGACAAAUUUUGAGUUUUUGACUGAUUUUUUG